AUGCUUAGAAGGAGGAUACUAUUACAGGGUAGUGUUAACAGAUUCUAUUCAACUGGUAAUAAUUAUGAAUUGCUUUUACAUAAUGCUCAAGAGAAUAUUAAUCAAUUAUUAGAAAAGAAUGAUAGAUCAUCUUAUAUCUUAGCUCAAUAUAUUCCUGAACCAACCAGAAAUGCAUUUUUAGCAAUUAGAGCAUUUAAUCUUGAAAUCAAUAAGAUUAAUGUUGGUGGUAAGAAUAUGGGAUCUAUUGCAUCUAAAGCUUCAAUACAAAUGUCUAAUAGAUUAGGAGUUUCCACAUCAGAUUUGAAAUUUAAAUUUUGGCAAGAUUUACUUAAUAAAAUCUUUAUUGAAUAUAAUGAUGAUAAAGAUAUUGGAGAACCAAUUGCAAUUUUGUUAAGAGAUGCUCUUAGGAAUGAUUUAAAUUUGGAUAUAACUUAUUUUAACCAAUUUUUAUCAACUCGUCAACAUUUCCUUAAAACUGGUGGUAAUUUUAAUAGCGUAAAUGAUAUUUGUAGUUAUGGUGAAGGUACUUAUUCGCAAUUGAAUUAUUUAACCCAAGGGUUAUUAUUAUCACCGAGUAUAUCACCAAGUGCUAUUAAACUACUUGAGUAUUCACCUGAUUUACAAUCAAAAAUAAGUGAUAUUGCUGCUCAUAUUGGACAAGCAACAGCAAUUGGUUCUAUGAUUUUAGGAUUAAAUUAUUAUGCAUCAAAGAGGAAUCAAAUUAUAUUACCAAUUGAUUUAAUGACAAAAUUUGAAUUAUCACAAGAGUCGGUAUUAAGAUUAUGUCAAGGACAUAUUCAAGAUAAACAACAACAACAAGAUAUAAGAGAGAAAUUAAAGAAUGUUGUUUAUGAAACUGCAAUAGUUGCCAAUGAUCAUAUUUUAACAGCAAGAGAUAAACUUUUGAAAUCUAAGAAUGAAAUAAAAGAAAUCUUAAAUCAACAUCCAAAUGAUCAAUUGUUAAUUAAAAGUAGUAAAAAAUGGAGAAAGAAUAUACCUGAUGUUAUAUUCACUCCAUUUAUGGUUUCAAUUCCAACUACUUUAUAUUUAAAUAAGUUAGAAAAAUAUGAUUUUGAUGUUUUCCAUCAAAAAUUACAACAAAAGGAAUGGAGAUUGCCUUGGACUUCAUUUAAGAGUUAUUAUCAAAGAAGUAUAUAA